UUCUGCCAGCCGGCAUCUGUCGUUUGUGGUCACGCAGCGCGGCAUGUGCGAUAGAUGCAUACUAUGUAUAUAUGGGAAUAGCGUUCGAUCCGUUACAGGCAGACGUUGGUCGACGUGCCGACGUUUUAAACGCAGCUCCCGAUAUACAAAUACACGGGAAUCCGAUCCCUCUGAUAGUCCCGAUCCCGCUGCAUCCCGAAACGCAGUUUCAUAACGGAGUUUGCAACAAUUUUAUUAAUGCCGCGUGGAGCUGGUUUGUGCAUUAUGUCGCUUUGGGUGAAGACUUGUAGAAAACUGUAUAAAGCUGCAAUGUUGCUGUGUACAUAAAUGUUUCCUCCGCAGUGGAAGAGCAUAGCGGAGCAUCAGUUGGUGUAGUUGUUGCCGGAAGGCUGCAGAUGCUAAAUGCACUGCUCGCCAUAAUGGAACACUCUGGAAAUCUGGGAUUAUGUCUGCUCCUUGUGGUGCUGUGUUUACUCGGAGUAUCGAAGGCGGCCAAAGUGGAGCUGUCCCAUCUGAACGAUAAAAACUCCAGUUCAAUCUGCGAUGACCGUUAUUACCGUCAGCCAUCCUGCGAAGAUGGCGCUAACGGGUACCAGUGCGUCUGCAAUCCGGGAUUUGAGUACAACUCCCAAGGAAUGUGCAUUGCUGUGGCCACCAAUUCUCGUUUGGAAUUCAGUGGAGGUGCCAAAAAGGAGUAUGCGGUCCUUGUGGGAAAGCCGGCACGGGCCAUGGACGGCUUCACGAUUGCCUUCUUCCUGCGUGUCCGGAAGAAGGCCAGCAAUGGCUACAUUGUAUCGUACUCGGUCAAGGAACACCCGAAUAUAUUCUACCUGAAAAUAAUGCCCAAUUUUCACUUGGUGAUUAAUAUGUAUAAUGAGACGGAGAAUGCGUAUUCCGUUCUACGUGACGGUGACGAGAAUCAAUGGAGGCACAUUGCCCUCACUUGGGAGUCCAAGGGUGGAUCGUGGAUAUUGUAUGUGGAGGGCAACGGUAUCCGGCGUGGACAACAUUUCGGAUCAGGAUUGCUCCUGCCGGCAAACGGGGAGACAACACUAGGUGCUCGCUCGCAGCACUAUCGCGGUCGCGACAAAACGCUGUCGGAUGAGAAACUCCGGGAGAAAGAGCAGAUUGACGCACAGCCGUCCAACCUGCAGAUCGACAUUAGCCACUUCAAUAUCUGGUCGGCAGUGUUGCCCAAUAAGGAGAUCCGUGCUGUACAGAAGGACUGUCAUCUACGAUACUGCGGGUCUGCCGUUCGCUGGACGGAUUUCCGAGAUGGAACACGCGGGGCUCUCAAACUCAAAUGGCCAUCCGGUGUUCACAACAAAAAAUGUUUUGGAGAAUGGAUCGACGACGAAGUUACAUGUGACAGGUUCUGCAGCGCCAUCAAAGGAGCCCGAUGCCGAGCGGAGAUGGUGGAGAAUAUCGAGUGGCCCAAGACAAACAUUACGCGGAAAGUGGAGGUGGAGUGUCCGGGGAAGAAGCCGGAGGAGGCGCGUAAAGCCACCCGCCAAUGCCACAUCACCAGUGCUCAGGGUACCAAGGGCGGCGGCAAGUGGGAUCCCCCGUCCAUUGACGCCUGUCUCAGCGUGGAAACUCGCCGACAUCUGAAAGACGCGGAAGAUCUUUCCCGUGACAAAGCAGCGCAGUACGAGAAAGUCUUCCCCAUCAUUCGUAAACUGGUGGAGGUCUCCAAGCCGUCCGUUGGCCAGUCGCCCAAUGAUAUUUCCGCCUAUAUUAAGGUCACCGAAUUUCUCCUGGAAUUUCAGGAAGAUCGCAUCCGCAACCGAAACUGGUUGGUCGAUCGAUGGCAAAGCGAUCAGGGCACCAAACUGUAUCCGAAUGCAACGGAUGUUAAGCUCUUCAUGAACCAAAUUAUGGAUGUGUUUAAUAAUUUGCUUCCUGACCAAGAUAACCGCGAAGCCUGGAACAUGACGCGUCCUUUCGGACAGUCUAUUAUCCAUUUGUUGCACAUCAUCGUUCGUUUCGUGGAUAUCCAUGCCGGUGUUCUUCUGCGUGACGUCGUGGUAGAGCGCAGUCAGCCAGUGACCGCGAAUUUCUCCCGUGUCAUGCAGAAGCUGGCCAUCAAUAUGGAGGUGCAUUUCACCAAUCACACCACGACACUGCGCUAUCCACGCGAUGACCAGGCGCAUCUGCCGCUGUUCCAAGGCUUCUCCGAGACUAAAGCAAUUAUACGCAAAUCGGUUUGGGCGGGCACUAACGAGAGGAAGUCCAGUUUAUCCAAUAAACGCGCAUUCGUGGUAACGACGGUAUUCGUGGCCAACGUACGGGAGUUCCUGCCCAAUCCGGCUUAUGCCACUAAAAACAAUUCCAAACUGGAGGAUAAUCUCAAUUCCGCGCUGUAUCUCAUCCGUUUCUUCCCGGAGGACCCGGUGCCUCUGGAUUACCGUUACAUUGUGACCACUUUCAGUUUCCUCUCGACGCACAACAUUUCCGACGCACAGUGUUUCCACCUGCAGUAUGAGAAAAUCCGCAAAGGAUUUGUGUGGAAGUUUUCCAAACAAGAUUGUGUGCGGCCGCAUAAGACGCUCAGCCGUGCUAUGUGUACAUGCAACAAUUCCGGUCACUUCUACGGUGUUACGACGGAUAUGUACGAUCCUGCUUGGUCAGAAGAGAAAAUCGUCAUCUACUUCAUGAACUGGGCCACAUAUUUCGGCUGCGCCAUGUCGGCACUGUGCUCCCUUCUUGGCUUCUGUAUCCUGGUGUUCUUAAGGACCACAUCGAAUACGUCGACACUGCAUAAGAACACGGCACUAGCGGUGGGAUUCGCCCAGCUUUCACUCAUGUGUGGAAUCGAUCUGCACGAAUUUCCGCCGCAUUGCAAGGUGUUCACCAUUGCCACCUUAUACUUCAUUUUAUGCUUGUUCUGCUGGAUGAUGAACCAAGCUUUCCAUAUCUACAGCGUUGUAACAUAUUCCGUGCAUAACAAUGACGAAGUGGAAGAUGGAUCUGUGGUGAAGUUCAUGAUAAUGGGAUGGGUUGUACCCAUUGUGCCGGUGUUGAUUGGAGCGGCUACCAAAGGGGAGAAGUUUUUCCACAAAGGCGCGUGUUUUGUCUCAUGGGACUGGUUCCUCGUUGUCGGCGGACCCGGUGUUGGCAUUAUUUUCGUGACGUUAUUAAUGAAAGUCAUCGCUUUGAAGGAGUACAUGCAGAGUUCCUAUUCACUCAGCGAAAAAGGCAACAAGCUCGUCGUGAAUUAUAUGAAAGCCGGUCGUUCGCAAUGGGGCACCGUACUGGCCAUGUACUGCUGCCUCUUGGUGGCGCUGAAAAUGCAGUCCACGGUCCUGAAGUUUCUCUUUGCCAUCUUCAGUAUUCUGCAGGGAUCAUCGCUUUUAUGCUUCUCGGUUUUGAUGAACGAUGAGGUGCGCAAUAUCCUGCAGAACAAUUUCGAAGGCAGCAAGGAUAAAGAGGAGCACGACAUCAUUGACGAACUGGCCGAACUGACGCACUCCCAAACGGGGCAUGGACACCAUGGUCACGGUCAUGGCCAUGGCCAUCAUUAUACACACCAUGGACCUCGAAUGUCUCGCCAGAAAUCGCUGGAGAAAGACCGCGAGCAUCCGGCUGAACACGGCAAAUCCCUUCUAGGUCAUAAAACCCACUCACCCGUCUGCUCCAUCACCACCGCCCCAUCACGCCGCGAAUCAUCCAACGCGGAGAUCCAUAAAAGCGCAGCUCCUUCAACAUUUUCUCGCCCUUCCGCGAAUUGGCCGGUGGACUGAACCUGGGUAGCGGCUUGUCGGGUUUCGCACAGGGCAUGCCCAAGGAUGCGCUGGAUGAGACUGCUGGUCCGUCGAUCCUCAACGAUUCGGGGCUACUGGAUACUAGCGUAUAAAAUUCCUGUUAGUCACCAGUCAGUAAUUUGAUCAUUGCUGUAACAUAAAUACUGCAGCUUUUGCGAUGGUGAUUAAAAUCACUAAUUAGACCGCACAAGAACGGUGCGUUAGCUUUACAGUAUCAUUAGCAUUUUAUUGCGUGCUUAAUAUUUUGGUUGACGGUUCAUUAAAAAUCUAAGUAAGCUUCAG